AUGUUCUCUCUGCCGCUCGCUGGCGUCCCGUCGACGGCGCUGAGGACGUCGCUGGAAGGCAGUCGCCUUCUAGCCCUGUGGCGAGCCUUUGAGGGUCAUGUUGAUGCCUUGGCGACGGCCCUCCAUGGAUUGAACAACUACUCACCUUUCCCAUUUGAAGUGAAGGUGGCCGUUAUUGUUUUUGGCUACAUAGUGAUCCGCGAAAUCGUGCUGUGGUACUCCUCUGACGUUCCCACGAAGCAUGCCUACGUUUACUGGAAGCUACACGAUCCCAUCGAAUCGGCUUACUACACUCCAUACCUGCCGGCGAACCACAUGUGCACCGCACUCCUGUUGUACAUGGCGCGGAAGCUCUGGCAAGACAAACCCCUCACCGUAGCUGAGCUGCGGAACAAGUCGUUUAUGAUCAACCUGCUCUCCCUCUACUCCAAACCCAGUCAAGCAGAGCUCUACGGCGAUGGCGAAGGGCCGAUAUUUUUGUUCCGGGAGAAUUUGAUGGUGCCAGUGAAGCUGCCCAUCUACCCCUUCUGGACAUCGACGCAUCAGGAUGGGGUGGAGGUGUGUGCAUGGAUUUCGAUGCCGCGGACCAAGAACACCGAUUCUGCAGCGCGCCGCAGUGUUUUUCUCCGCGUUCGCAAGGAUGCUUCCCCGGGCGGCGGCGCCGCGGCCGACGCCGUGCUGCGACGCUUUGUCGAGGACGCGUUGAACUUCUACUUCACCAACGGGUAUGCUGACAAGGAACACUACGACCUGCGCAUGUAUCGCCCCACGGUGACAGCGCAACAUGUCAUGGUGAAGAGCGUGCCACUUCCACUCGGGCCAACGCUGGAUACCUUGUUCUUUCCACAGCGCGAGCACGUCAAGUCGCUGCUCGCGCGCUUCUCGGAGAAGAAGGGACGCUUCGCGAUUCAGGGCUUCCCUCACAAGCUUGGGUUUCUGCUGUACGGUCCCCGCGGCACAGGCAAGCGCUCCUUCGUUCGUGCUCUUGCCUACCAUACCCACCGCCACAUUGUCCGCAUCCCUCUCUCCAGCUUCACGCGGGGCGACCAGCUCUUAAAAAUGUUUUACUUUGAGUCUGUGGUGACGAGCAGCACGGAGGAAUGGGCGCUGCUGAGCAGCAAGAAGGUCAUCUUCCUUAUCGAGGACGUCAACACGAACGACGACCUUGUGCGGGCGCGCGCAAGCGGGCGCGUGGUGCGCGUGCGCCAGUCUCGCGGGUUGACGACUCUAAGCUCGCAGCAGGCGACCACGGAGAGCGGCGGCGCCAAAGAGCUCGUCGCUGCGAAGCCAACGUCGCAGGGCUGCAGCUCCCAAGCGAGUGCGCUGGAGACAGGGAAGAUGGUUACCCGAAAAGUCGAACGGGUGCCGCCGCUGACGUCGACGUUAGACGCGGUUGGUUUUAGAGCGUCGCUUCUGUGUCAAGAAAACGGUGGGGACAGGCCCAGCCUCUCCUCCUUGUUGAAUAUCCUGGACGGCGCAGUGGAAGACUCGGAUCGGAUUGUGGUGAUGAUAGCGGAUCACCCGGAGCGCCUCGACCCGGCACUGCUUCGACCAGGGCGUCUCACGACGCAUCUCCGAUUUGACUACAUCGAGCUGGACGAUCUGAUCCGUCUUUGCGGGCUCUUCUUCGGGUCCGAGUCCGGCGAAGCACCAGGUACUCUAACUGCCACCGGCGAAGCGACCCCUCUGAGAGAGGCGACCGGCUACAGCUAUGGUCGCAUGGAGGCGUCUGCCGCCACUCCACCGCAAAAUGUUCACGAUAGGUUGAUGGAGGUGAAUGAAUGCCGUCGCGCCGCGCUGCAACCGGCUGUCGCGCGCGCUUCGAAAGACACAGAAGACGACGUGUGUGGUCUGCAAUGGCUGCGUCAAGGACUCUCCGCGUCGGCACCAGAUGCCAAUGACAAGAAGAAGGCUAUUCGUCAACUCUCCAGGAUGCAAGCAACGCAGGUGCGCUUGUGCAUCGCAGCCUUGGAGGAGGAGGCGUCUUCGCAGGCUUCUCAACCUCGACAGAGAACCUCGUACAACUUCUUGAUAACACCCUCGCAUGUGCAUCACUUGUGCAUGCGUGCCGCUGACCUGAACGACUUCCUUGACGCGCUCUCGGCGUAUAUUCGUAGCGGGAGCGCCACUGAUACUGGCACCAAGGGCAGCUCAGACUAG